AGUUCUUCGUCAAUAGUGUCUCUUGCAAGUGAUACGAGUAUUUCUUUGAACAAAAUGAAAACUCUGUACGUCUUCUUCAUCGUGGCAGUAGCCGCCGCCUAUGGUGGUCUCAUCGGUGCCCCCAUCGCCACCAGCAUCGUCGCCUCCCGACAACUCGCCCUGGGACCAACAGCUGUCGCGGCUCCUAUCGCCCUGAGCACCCCCUUACUCACCAGAUCAGUCAUUGCCGGUCCUGCUAUUGCUGGCCCUGCAAUUGCACCCAUCGGACUGGGGGGCAUUGGAUGGGGAGGAAGCCUCCUUGGCAAAGGAUUGUGCUGCUGAGUCCGAAAUGCUAUUUUCCUUACUAUUUAUGUUUUCUAAUUUAGUAUAAUACACGA